UAAGGUGAACUUAUUCAACCUCAGGCAAUUUGUUAGAUCACUUUAUUGUUGUUGCAGGUAUAAAAUGGGGAAAAGGCAAACAUACAACUGAGGCGCAUCAUGUAGGAUAAUAUGGUCUGUUUGGGUUACGUUAGCGUGACUUUAUGAGUUUAUGUCAGCAUCAAUAAGAUAUAUUUUAGAUCAAUUACAGUCUCAAGACACCCCAUGGGAAAUGUUUAAGGGGUCGUUGAAUGGGGCGUCAUGGGCCCCAUCACCAACCUGAGAAUUCACACCUUAAAUCCACUCCUCCUGGCACCCCAUUGGCGGAGCGAUCUCUUAUAUCUCGUUACUCGUCAUCACCGGGAGGAUGACAGCGGUCUUCGAGCAUAGUACAAAACAUCAACAUGAAACCAUGCGUUUUAGCCAAGUGGACCCUCGUUUCCAGCUAUGCUCAAAUCCGCCGGAGAGCGAGCACGGAGAGCAUAUGACCGAGGUGCGCUCCCCCAGUUCGGAACGCUCCAGUCCCCUGUCUGUCCACUCGGAGUCCAGCUGCGCCAGUCCAGAACCUAAGUCGGCCCCAGCGCAGCAGAGGGUCAGGAGGCCGCUAAACGCCUUCAUCAUCUGGACCAAAGAGGAGCGCAGACGGCUGGCGCAGCUCAACCCAGACCUGGAGAACACGGAUCUCAGCAAAAUACUUGGAAAAACAUGGAAGGCUAUGCCCUUAGCUGAGAAGCGCCCAUACAUGCAGGAGGCUGAACGCCUGAGGGUCCAGCACACGAUUGAUUAUCCCAACUACAAGUACAGGCCCCGUCGGAGGAAGCAGCUAAAGAAGAUCCCCAAGACCCAGUCUGCAGAAUCCACUCCACUCAGCAGCUCCAGCUUCAACAUUCCGUACAACCUCACCUAUCUGCUCCAGAACCACCAGCAGCGGGCUUUCCAGAACUCAACUCCUUUCCCACAUUCAUCCCUGCAUUCUAACAGAUACAUAAACCCAGCAGUUGCUGACUCUGAAGGAGCCACAACAGCAGACAGUUUAUCAAGCAACGCUGUUGUGUACUCAAAUCCUCCUGCGUACCAGCCUGAGCUGCAGGCGUACUUUAGCUCCCAGCACGGACACAUGCAGCAUGGUUUCUCCUCUUCCUCAGGUCCUCUCAUGGACCAGAGGGAAUCCAGGGUCUACGGGCUCCAGCAUUGCCCAACAGGGCCCUCAUUUGAGUUUUACUUAGAGCAGGUUCAGCUGGACAUGCUGUAUGAUUUGGACCGCAGCGAGUUUGAACAGUACCUCGGUCCAAAACAGCACGGGUCGGAGCUAGCAGAGCACAGCAGCUACAGAGGAUACUCUGUGUAAUAAAUCUGCUCAGUGUGGUGUAUUUAU